AAAAAAAAAAAAAAAAAAAAAAAAAAAAAAAAAAAGACCCUCUAGCGAUCCUAAAAGGCAAAACCCGAGCGCGGAGUUACUGGAAGAAGGAACCUGGGUUAAAAAGAUUCCUCCUCUCUUCUUCAUCAUCAUCAACCAUCAUUCAUUCACUACCUUGACAUUCCCUGGCUUUGAUUGACAGCUGGAGUGGCAAAAAGCCAUGAGACACGACAGUUUGGUUACAUGUGGGUUGCUGACGGGCCGAUCGUAACCUUCAGUUUGGGGGCUUGACAAAUUUUUUUUUUUUUUUUUUUUUUUUUUGCGUAGAGAAAGAAAAAAGGAAAAAGAGAGAGAAAGAAAAAGGAAAGAGAAAGAGACAGAAAAAAAAGAAGAAAUACACAGAAAAUCAUCGUGGUUCCUGACUGUUUUUUAUAUAUUGUUGUUGUUGUUGUUAUUAUUAUUUACCCAUAUUGGAGGACAGGAGAAGUCUAUAAGUGGGUUGCAAAAAAAAAAAAAAAAAAAAAAAAAGGAAUCUUCUUCACUCUAAAUCACUUUCUUUGCUGGACUGGGAUAUUAAAUAUACGACACAUCCAGGAGUUUAUUGGAGCGCAGACUGAUGGCGCAAAGGUACGAUGAGCUGCCCCACUACGGCGGGAUGGACGGAGUAGGGGUGCCGGCGUCUAUGUACGGGGACCCCCACGCCCCCCGGCCGAUCCCCCCGGUGCACCACCUGAACCAUGGCCCGCCGCUGCACGCCGGCCAGCACUACGGCGCCCACGCCCCGCACCCCAAUGUCAUGCCGGCCAGCAUGGGCUCCGCUGUCAACGACGCCCUGAAGCGGGACAAGGAUGCGAUCUACGGGCACCCGUUGUUCCCCCUCUUAGCUCUGGUCUUUGAGAAGUGCGAGCUGGCGACCUGCACACCCCGGGAGCCCGGCGUGGCCGGCGGGGACGUCUGCUCCUCCGACUCCUUCAACGAGGACAUCGCCGUCUUCGCCAAACAGGUCCGUGCUGAAAAACCACUUUUUUCUUCAAACCCAGAGUUGGACAAUUUGAUGAUCCAAGCAAUACAAGUACUAAGGUUUCACCUUUUGGAAUUAGAAAAGGUUCAUGAAUUGUGCGAUAACUUCUGCCAUCGGUACAUUAGUUGUUUGAAAGGAAAAAUGCCAAUAGACCUCGUUAUUGAUGAAAGGGAUGGCAGCUCCAAAUCAGACCACGAAGAACUCUCAGGAUCUUCCACAAAUUUAGCCGACCAUAAUCCUUCAUCUUGGAGAGACCACGAUGAUGCAACCUCAACGCACUCGGCAGGCACACCGGGGCCCUCCAGUGGGGGCCAUGCUUCCCAGAGUGGAGACAACAGCAGCGAGCAAGAAGGCACAGCUCUCAUGAAGGUGAACUGUAUGAAGUAUGAAAAACUCUUAAAGAACAAUGAGUUUUUUCAGCUGAGGAAGAUACAGAAAGAGAGUAGCCCUUAUUAAUUCAUCUUUUCCUUUCAAGUUUGAGGGGCCCGUCCUUGUGUUGAUAUGUAUGAGUAAUUCCCAUUAAUGGUGAUGGGAGUUACGCAUGUGCGCUGACAGAAGAAUAGACCCCUUAGUGUUCAAAGCACAUGAAAUUUACAUUUUUUCCAUUGCUGUAAUUGAGAUGUUGACAAAUUGGAGAAUAUUGAUGAGCCUUUGUUUUAAGUAUUUCUUGCCAAGUUUGUUUUAUUUUUUCAUGGUUUGAACAAUGGUGUGGGUUCAGCAGCAAUUAAUAAUCAGGGUAGAGUAAAGAUAACUUUGUAUUUCAAUAUUUUGAUGUGCCAAUAUGAAAUAAAUUGUCUUAGGCAAAUGGAAUAUGCUGUUUUAAUCAUUAGCUAUGCAUGAAAGAAAAAUUGAUGUUGACAUCUUUGCUGUAAAAUCGUUGUAAUGGGGCCUUCCUUACAAUUCAUUUUUGUAAAAUUCAUUUUGUACAUUUUGCAGCAAUUGAACAAUCCCUGCACUGUGAAUAGGCAGAAUUCCCAGAAAUACUGAGACAGUUGGCCCAGUAACUGCUGAGCUCACACUGCACACCACAUGCACAUUAACCAUAAUGAUGCCAGAACCAGCUUAGCUAAAUAUAGUCACAUUUUAGUAUCCUCCCAUCCUUUCUUUUUCUUUCCUUCUAUUGCAUGAACAAAUACAGCUUCUUGCAGUUUUUGUUAGAUUGGUGGGUUGUGGAAACAUUUAUGUCCCUACUCACUAUUCAGUAAGUAGCAGUAAAAUUUCAUAGUGAAUCUUCUCCUCGCUAUACUGUUUUCUAAUAAUCAGGAUGGUGGCAGCUGCAGAUUCCUCACCAUUUAUUAAAUUAAAACUUAGGGUGUGGGGGAUUUAAAAUAUACAUAUAUUUAACAUCCUCACCUCACCCUUAAUUUUUAAUCCAUGAAGUUCUAUUUAUAUUUAGGUAUAUACAAUAAAACCUCUAUCAACAUACAAGCAUUAGAAAACAUUUACUUACAUUUUUGAAUGUGUUGUGCAGGGGUUUCAAAUGCAGCCCAGGAAAACUCUGUCAAUGGAAUGUUUUCAUAGUGGCAGUAAUCUCUUUAAAAUAACCCUAAAUACAAUAUGACAGAUGCCAUCUGGAAUAAUCUUUUGCUAGUUCCUUUAAACUUUUAUUUUUUCCUACAGCUAAGUUCAUCUAAAACUGCUCCCUUACUCAUGUGGUAAAUGUAGUGGACCCUUUCCUCCCUUGUAUGCAUGAAUGUUCAGAGAAAAUAACUUGAGAUUGUUACUGUUGAGAUGUUUCCCUCUGACGUCAAGUUGCUGUUUUUCAAAUGUGUGUUUUUAUGUAUAUAUUUAUAUAUAUUUGUUUAUAUAUUUGUAUUUCAAAAUGAAAAGGUAGGAUUCCCCCUUAGGCUACUCUUUCCCUCUCAGAUCCUGCUCAGCCUAACCCAAUUUGCCUCCGAAUGUUAGAUAACAUCCCAUUUGCUAAAUUAUAAUUGUAUGCUUGUUACAAUAUUAAUGGUUUCAUAAUGCAGUGCAUUCGAACAUACAGUAGCAAGUGCUUAAAUGUCUUCCUGUGUUGUUACAGACUGACUAAUUUCUUCCUAUAUGUGCCAACUUAUUUGAAAGAUCUAGUGUUGGAAUCUCUGGAUUUUUUUUUUAACUUAGUCGUGUAAAGGGAUGUCUCUUGAUGCCUGUUAGAGUUUAAUUUAGAGUAGUAAUUAAACUUGAAUACUGCCUCAUAAACAAAAGAUAAACAAUAAACCAGCCACGUUCCCUGCUGUUUCAUAGCUUUCUUUCCCAGAUGUUUUAGCCU